UGAUUUUGAUUCUUGUGUUACUUUUUUUUCUACGGACUUGUCCCUCUAAAUUUAGCGGCGCGGCCCUAAAUUUCUCUCGUCAACAACAGAGAGAGACCCACCAGGCAAGCACAGUAGCAAACAACACCACACCGAGUCUCAGCUUUCAUCAAUGGCGGCCGCGUUCUCAAACCCUACCUUUCUGUCUCCGCAGAAGUACCACCCCUCCUCCUACUCCUCUCCUUGUCCUCGCUCCAACAUCAAACUCUCCGCCGCCAAUUCCCCGAAAGAUGCCGUCCAACCCCUAAUUUCCAAUCCAUUGCCACAACGCCAACAACAGUGCGGACCACCAUUGACCCUUCGCCGCGCUAUCACCACUUCAGCCGCCCCCUCUGCCACCCACACCACAUUCCAUGGCCUUUGCUAUGUCGUCGGCGACAACAUCGACACCGACCAAAUCAUCCCCGCCGAAUACCUAACCCUUGUCCCCUCCAACCCCGACGAGUACGAAAAACUUGGAUCCUACGCCCUAAUCGGACUUCCCUCAUCCUAUCAGACCCGUUUCAUUGAACCAGGCGAAUUAAAAUCCAAGUACUCUAUCGUCAUCGGCGGCGACAACUUCGGUUGUGGAUCCUCCCGCGAACACGCCCCAGUUGCUCUUGGUGCCGCUGGAGUCUCCGCCGUUGUGGCGGAGUCAUAUGCGAGGAUUUUCUUUAGGAAUUCAGUGGCAACUGGGGAGGUUUAUCCGUUGGAGUCGGAGGUGAGAAUCUGUGAGGAAUGUAGGACUGGUGAUGUGGUGACGAUUGAGCUCGGAGAGAGCCGGUUGAUCAAUCAUACGACGGGGAAUGAGUAUAAGUUGAAGCCGAUUGGAGAUGCAGGGCCGGUCAUUGAAGCUGGUGGCAUUUUCGCAUACGCGAGAAAGACUGGAAUGAUUCCAUCGGCGUCUGCUUAGAUUUAAGGUAUCUUUACUUUGGGCAUGGCUAGCAGCCUUGUUUUGUAGACUGGGGAAUGUUUUACUGUCCUUGCUGCUUCUGUACUGAAUGUUGGCCAUCAGCUUCGUGAAGCUGAUCUCAAUUUCACCAGAAGUUGCAAUUAGAGUUUGUACCCUUGUUUACUAUGUUAAGUCAAAUAAUUUCAGCUUCUUGUGGCAUUUUGAUGAUGUAAGGACCAAGAAUACUGAUUUUAUAAUUAUAAUAUUGCUAUUUUGGAUACUUAAUUUUUCCACUGUGUCAAUUCUAUUCUGCUUCAGUCCGUCCUGUUGGUGUCCCAAAAACAGAAAUUUCAGUUGUCG